CCUUCAGCUUCUGCUUCCUCUCGGGACCGCCCCCGUUUUGUUGUUUGGCUAAAGAUGGCGUUAGCGGCUAACACAGGAGAUUGCAUUUUGUUUAAUAAUUAUUUUCGAGCAUUGGUGACAUAACGUUGAGGAAAUGGAGCUUUUAUUUGUAAUUUGAGUUACAAAUAUUGUUACAUCGAGCAGAUACACAUCCAUUACGCAGAAUAACGCUCUGCCUUUUCGAGCUGUAGGCCUAUUUUUUUUUAAAAGGGAGUAGACCUGAAGCUGGAAACUCAAUUUCCCAUCAGCGACUGCGGCGUCAGGUGGUACAACUUUACUUUAUCGUGUUUUUAAAGCUUGGCGCUUGGAUUUUUAAUGGAUACGUUGAAGUAAAUUAAGAUCACAUGUUUAAAUCAGAUAAAUACAUUUUUUAUAAAUUUACUGAUUAGUGUCCAGUGAUUCAGAAUGCAGUCUGUGAUAUUUAUCUGAGCAGAGAAAGUGAAACUUGGUGUACAAGUGAAAUUUCAGUGSACCAUGGCCUCAUCUGUGAAAGGUGAUUGGAAACACUCCAGAAUACACUCCAAAGAAGGUCACCCAGCGUUACCAGAGGCUUCCCUGACUUGGUGCCUGACUCACCUCUACAAACCCGGACCUGAAGCUGAACACCAAGCAGGUUCGUGUAACGGCAAAGAAUCGGACAAGAGGUCCAAAGCCUUUCAGUGGCGGGCUCUGGUCGCCAUCCGGACGCAGCACAUCAAGGGGGACAAAGCCAGCAUCGCCAGGUUCAGAGGUCAGGGUGGCCUCCGACCCCUGCUGAACCUGCUCAGACAACCCGAGUGCUCGAGGAAGACUCUGGACCUGGCUCUCAGCAUCCUGGCCAACUGCUGCACGGAGCUGGAAACCUGCGUGGAGGUGCGGAAGCUUGAAGGAAUAAAUAUUGUAGUGGACAUCAUGAAGAAAAACGUAGCUCUGGAGUCGGUCCAGAACCGAGCAGCUCGGGCUUUGGGGAACCUGGCCGUGGACCCAGAAAGCUCUGCACUUAUUCACUCUGCUGGCGGUGUUCCUCUCCUCCUCCUUUGCGUGACCCUGCCGUCGUCCUCGUCGUCCCCCUCUGCCUCCUCGCCCUCUGACCCCUGCCCCAAACUGGAGUGCGCUCAGUCGGCCGCUCGGGCCCUCCUCUACCUCUCRGAUUCCCCCUCGAACCGCCUCUCGCUGCUCACCCAGGGCACGCUGUCUGCCCUCGCCCCCCUCGUCGCUCCGGAGUACCCCCACGGGCUGAGGCGAGCGGCGCUGAGGGCCCUCCACGAGCUGACGCGGGGCUGCGGCGUCGAGUGUGCCAGGGAGGCGUCCCGCUCUGGAGUCCUGGCUCAGCUCGGAGUCCUGGCGUCGGGGGAGUCCGAUAAAGCKUUUGAAGAGCUGGCGUUGAAAACUCUGGCUAACCUGUGCUCUCAGGGCUGCAUGCGGCCCCUCGUGGGAUCCCUGGGGGUCAUUCAGAAGUUCACAGAGGAGGUGAAAAAGGAUGCUGUGAAGUCGGGGGUCUUUUUUAAGGCUCUCUGUUUGUGCUGUAAGGAGGCGGUGAACCGGGCCAAGGUGAAGGAGAGCGGUGGGCUGGAGGUGCUGAUUAAGUUUCUGUCCUCUCAUCAAAGUCACCCGCUGUCCAGGCUGGCCAUCCUGGCCUGCGUAGACUUUGUUUUCGACGAGUCGGCCAUGGAGCAGCUGCAGGAGCUGGGGCUGGUUCCGCUGCUCGUCUCACGACUGGUCAAACUCACCAGAGGAGAGGAGAAGGUGGACGUGAGUCUGUCCUCCAGCAGCGAGCUCCUGCCCUCCUCGGGCUUGGAGUCGUUUGAUUUUCCUCCUCCUGAGGGCCUCAAACGGGAGCAAGGCUCAUCCAGCUUUUUGAGUCUCAGGUCCUGGCUGCUGUCAGAAGGGUUGAUAUCUUCUGAGGGGGAGCUGCUGGACUCCUCCAGUGUCGACGCAGAAUGGGGCAGUCCUCAGGUCCCGCCAGUUUCGUCCCCUCAAACCUCCUCCCCGAACCCGUAUUCCAGUCCGCCUCUCAGAAACUCCCCUUCAGUUCCUCCUAAAAAGGCAGCUCAACCAGCGUCGUCCUCUUCUCCAGGCAGCGUCACAGACCCUGCGCCCAAAACCCAGAACUCUUCUUCCACCAAUAAUUCAGACAAUCCGACCCAAACGCCCGUCUCGCCGAACAAGUUCUCCUCCCCGCAGAAAAGGAGGAGAUCUCAAGCAGCAGCUGUUGUGACUCAAGUCACUCUUGAAAGCCCCCMUCCUGCUGCGCCUCGCUCGGUGGCGUAUCACCACCCGUACCACCCCGAGCCCUGGACGUCGGAGUCGCCCGUCCUGCUGCUGCUGUCCCGCUUCUCCCACGCCCCGGACCCCAGCGCCGCCCUGGUCAGCCCGGGCGUCGUGUCCGGCCUGCUCUUCUACCUCACCCGCCACCAGGACCCCAGCGCCAGGUGCUUCCGCAUGCUGUGCCGCCUCAGCUGCAACCCCAACUGUUUGCAGGCGCUGCUCCGCACCGGCUCCGUGGCGCUGAUUCGCCACCACCUCUGCCAGAGGGGAGGUGGAGCGGGGGGGCGGGAGCGGCAGACGGACCGAGUGAAAGCUAAAGUCCAACAGCUGGGUGACACUCUUCUGACUAACCUGCGAGUCCAGUGUGAGUCUGGCUUUGGUUCUGGUGUUCUCGCACACGUGAUGCUGUCAGGUUCUGAGUCGGACAAGAUCAACUGUGCGCUGUCUUUACCGUUCAUCUGCAGCAACAAGUCUCAGCUGAAGAAGCUGCUUCUGGACAGCGGUGGUCUCCGUUUGGCUCUGCAGCCUCUUGGGUGUGACGAUGAAGAAGAUGAUGAUGAAGAUGAUGAUGAUGAUGAUGAGGAGGAGGAGCACCGUGGAGGCCUGCUGUUUGACUCGUUUAAUUCUCCACAUUCAGGUGUGACCUCUCUACCUUCUCUGUACUUCUCUCUCCUGACCGGCUGCCUGUCCGCUCUGAUGAGCGCCGUUAAAUYGGACCGGGUCGCGAAGAACCCAGGUCCGGUCGUAAUCAACGAGUCCGACGGAGACGCCCCCCCUCCGGUGAAAAGGCCCCGCCUCGUGGACACGUGUCCUUACGGAGACUCGGACUUCGACCUGGUUCUGCUGCUGGACGAUGGGACCCGGGUCCCGGCCAACAGGGAGGCCGUGGCUGGAGCGGAGCRUCCGGACGGAACCGGUUCUGAAUACUUCAGAGCUCUGCUGAGAGGCGGGUUUGGAGAAGCUCAGGGCGACGCAGCAGAACCGAUUCACAUCAAAGAYGUGGGCGCAGGCGUGCUGCUGCCGGUGCUGCAUUACCUGCACGGGUGUCGCCUCGGCAACACUCCGCCCUGUCCGGUUUUGGACUCUCUGGUCCACGAUGGUCCGGUCGCCCGUCUGGACGGGACCAAAGCUCCCUCGGGUGAAGACUUCCAGAAAACCCCUGUGGGGGAGGCRAUGGUCGGAGCCUGCAGGUUUUUGGUCGGUGGGCUUCAGCGGGAGCUGGAGGACAUCCUGGUAUCGUUUCUCUGGUCCUGCUCCGCCGCUCGCAGYGAACAAACCAAAAAGACCGGGUCUGAAACGGGCCGAGACUGCGGUGAGCCCACCGAGGAGAACCUGGCGACUCUGACGUCCGAGCUGGAGCUGACGGGCCGGACGAAAACACUGAAAACUCUCCUCCAGGAAGCGGAAAGCGAAACGAUCCAGGACGUCAUCACCCGACUCAACACGGGUUUGGACCAGAGCACCAUCGAACGAGUGAUCUCUGGUUCCAAACCGGUCCUCGUGAACAAAUCCCUCGAUCCGGAGGCGGAACCAAAGAACCCGCUGAGACCAGUUCCGUCGCCCUCAGAAGCCGCUGCUUGGAGCGGAGUUCUGUUCUCGCUGCUGCCCCAGCUGUUCUGGUUCUCUCAGCGCCACAGCUACCCGGCUCUGGGUCGGGCCUGCCUGUCUCUGCUGCUGGGCCGCCGGGACGGCCCGCCGCCGUUCCCGGAGUCGGCCGCCGCGGGUUGCCUUCGCAGGCUGACCCGGGAGGCGGACUGCAGGGAGAGCCUGAAGCAGGAGCUGCAGAGUCUGGUCUGUGAGGCUCUGAGCUGAACAAGGAGGUGAAACCAGCAGAGAGCUCCGAGCUGCUUCAGCUGCUCUUUCAUCUUUACCUGAAACAAAACUUAUAAAUUCUUUAAUGUCAGUUUAUUUUCACCAUCUCAAAACAUUUAGGUUCUGUAAAAGUCUCAUUUCUAACAUGAUUUUUUUUAUUUGUAUUUUUUUUUAUUUGAGUAAAGAUGAAUCAAAUGAAACGUGAUGUAAGAUUCAUCAGGAUUUAGUUGUUUAUUUUGUACAUAGAGAUGAUAUAGAACGACAGAUGUAAGAGUUUCAGCUGUCCCCGUAUAAAUUAAAUUUAUACCACUAAAUAUGUAACAUCA